AUGUCGAUCAUACGCAUCGCAACCCUCAUCACCUUGGCAUUCUCGCCACUCUCCCUAGCCAGCCCGACUCUUGAUGACCAGAACCAAACGCUCACCAAGCGCAGCCCUGUACCGUUUGGUGUGUAUAUCGAAAGAUGCAGCAUCCCCGGCACCAUUGCCCUGACGUUCGAUGAUGGCCCGCAUGUCUUCACGCCCAAGGUGCUGGAUACUUUGAGGUCCAGGGGCGCGAGGGCUACAUUCUUUGUGAAUGGGCAGAGUACAGGGAAUAUUCAUGCCAAUGCGGGUGUAGUGCAGCGUGCGAUUGCGGAGGGGCAUCAGAUCGGGUCUCAUACCUGGAGUCAUCCAUCUCUUGCAGGACUCGACUAUAAUGCUAUUAUAGAUCAGAUGUUGGCCCUUGAGGGUGCGUUUAUGCAGAUCAUCGGCCGAAUCCCGACGUAUAUGAGACCGCCGUUCCUGGCUGUGGAUGGGGCAGUGUUGGCGGCCAUGGGGCAGUUGGGGUAUCAUGUCAUUGGUGCCAGUAUCGAUACGAAAGACUACGAGAAUGACAACCCUGCUGCUAUCCAGAACAGUCUGGUGAGGUUCAGAGAUCAGUUGAAUGCUGGGGGCACGAUUUCGUUGGCGCAUGAUGUACGCCAGUGGACCGUUGAGGUUCUCGUGCAGGCGAUGAUUGAUGAGGUGUCUGCCAGGGGAUUAAGGAUGGUUCCUGUGGGUGAAUGUCUAGGUGACCCAGCGGAUCUUUGGUACCGGGGCCCGCGUUGA